AUGACUGCGACGCACGGUGGCGGCUGUGAAGACCACCGGCCGGACAAAGAUUCUGUGUAUACCAUCAAAACUGGAUUCAAGAACGAUGGCUACCAGCACGAUAGAGAUUCUAACGACGAUAUCGUCAAACCUCCACCCCUGCCCACCGAGGACGAUUCCUACGCCUCUGGUAAGGUCAAACUGUCGAGGAAUGAGAAGUGGAGGAUAUUGAAGAAUGUAGCCGCUGUGAGCGCGGCAUUUAUGGUACAGUUCACAGCUUUUCAAGGGACUGCGAAUCUCCAGUCAUCGAUCAACGCUGCUGACGGCCUUGGAACAGUCUCGUUAAGUUCCAUUUACGCGGCACUAGUUGUUUCCUGUAUAUUUGUGCCCACGUUCCUAAUUAAGAGGCUAACCGUAAAAUGGACCUUGUGUCUUUCAAUGCUUUGCUAUGCGCCGUACAUUGGGGCUCAAUUUUUCCCAGCGUUUUAUACGCUCGUGCCGGCUGGAGUGAUCGUAGGCCUGGGAGCAGCCCCUAUGUGGACUUCGAAGGCCACAUAUUUGACUCAAGCUGGAAGUGUUUACGCCAAGCUAACAGAUCAAGCCGUUGAUGGCAUUAUUGUAAGAUUCUUUGGAUUCUUCUUCUUGGCGUGGCAGACCGCUGAACUAUGGGGAAAUCUCAUUUCAAGUUUAGUAUUCUCAUCUGGAGUGCAUAGUGGAUCAUCAUCAAAAGAGAACUCCAGUCGUGCUCUUCUAACGUGCGGUGCUAACUUCUGCAUGAUUGGCGGCGGACACCAUGACAAUCAGAACCUACACCGGCCGCCAGACAGCGAGAUAUAUGAGAUCAGUGCCAUAUACCUUGCGUGUGUUGCAGUGGCUGUUUUGAUGGUUGCAUUUCUCGUCGAUCCUCUGUCUAGGUACGGAGAGAAACAGAGGACUUCAGAUGCAGCAAAGUUAUCUGGAAUCCAGCUUCUGUCAGCAACAGCGUACCAGCUCAAGAAACCUAACCAGCAAUUGCUCAUCCCCAUCACACUGUGGAUCGGGAUGGAGCAGGCGUUCAUUGGCGCUGAUUAUACACAAGCUUACGUCUCAUGCGCUCUCGGUAUCCGAUCAAUUGGGUACGUGAUGAUAUGCUUUGGAGUUGUGAACGCUCUCUGUUCCUUACUCUUCGGCUCGGCUAUGAAGUAUAUCGGACGAUUUCCGAUAUUAGUGAUGGGAGCAGCGCUUCAUUUGGGACUUAUUGUAUGGCUACUUAUCUGGAGACCGAAUCCCGAUUCGCCAACAACAUUCUUCGUUAUAUCCGGCUUGUGGGGAGUUGGAGAUGCUGUCUGGCAAACGCAAGUUAACGGCCUGUACGGUGUGCUCUUCCGACGGAACAAGGAGGCUGCCUUCUCCAAUUACAGGCUGUGGGAAAGCGCAGGAUUCGUCGUCGCCUACGCCUACUCAACUCAUCUUUGCGCCAGGAUGAAGCUAUACGUCAUGAUGGUGGCACUUCUUAUCGGUGUUGCUGGAUAUAUAGUUGUCGAAAUACUUCACAUGAGAAAGGCUCGUCGUCUGAAGGCCAUCGCCGAGAACCCGGCCGCCGCCGCCGAAGCAGCCAAACAACCGCCAGAAGAGGAUGACGAAAAGGACGAAAUCGAUGACGACAUCAUCAUAACACAUCUGUAAACGCGGUGACGCCGCGACCGAGCGCCUAGCGCUUAUGCCAUACACACAUGUUAGGUACAAUCCACGAGCUAAUGUAAUCUCGAAUUUAUUUUAUUUAUAUGUAUCCAGUAGUUAGGUAUUAAAUCGAAAACUUAUCGAUGUACAAAGUUUUCGCAUGGAACGUGGCCUUCUUGCGUCGGAUACUAUCUGCGAAACGCAGAACGAAUUACAAAAUGUUCCGACUUGUACACUUCGGCCCGAUAUGUCGCCACGGACGUCCUACUUCGUGGCGGUUAAUUAAGAAACUGAUAUCUAUGUUGACGACAUAAUUAUUUGUAACUGAAGAAAUAUUUUUGUUCUGUUUGCGUUACUAUUUUCAUAAUCAUAGUAUGAGAUUUUCAAAGAGAUAUGUGUCGUAAUUGUUUUGUAAAAACUGAAACAUGUGAAAUCGGAAUGGAAUAAAUUGGUUCAGUUUAAAAUUA